AUGCCGAUCUUCUCUCGACUAAUUUCGGUCAUCCUCCGUAUAGGAGAGAUUGGCUGCGCUGCUGUUGUGGCUGGCAUCAUCGGCCAUGAUCUAGCUCGCUUUGACGACGCCGAUUCCUUUCCAAACGGCCGGUGGAUUUAUACCAUCAUCGUAGCAGGAAUAUCAAUACUGCUAGGAAUAAUUUGGCUCAUCCCCUUCUCCCAAUCCUUUACAUUGUGGAUAGGUGAUCUGCUCCUAUCAUUCGCAUGGUUUGCCGCCUUUGGUGUCCUUGUGGACGUCCUCAAGAAGAUGGACUGCGGAGGGACCUUCGAUUGGGGCCACAUUACCGACGGCGGCGUAUGCUCUCGUUGGAAGGCUGUUGAGGCAUUCAGCUUCGUCUCAGCAAUUCUAUGGCUGGUUUCUACUAUCGUGGGCGUAUGGUUUACACACCGGACGCGCGAUCGCCAUCCCGUGGCAGCUGGUGGGCCUAGUACUCGCCGGGGUUUCUGGGGACGCCGUCACGCUGUUUAA